AUAACGAUAUAUCGAAAGACGUGAUGAUAUUUUAUCUCCUAGAUGUCGUCCCUUAUUUUAGGUCAUAUUCUUGAAGGUUGUAAUCGGAUUAAGACGCUCGUGGAGUACUGGAGUUGUAAACAAGCCUUAAGUUGUACCUAGUAGUCUACGUCUACCUAUAGCUAGGAGUUAGUGCCCACGGUGUUUAUACCUAAUAUCUAGUUCGCUUGAUCUGCGUAUGGAUAAUGAGAAAGGUAGAGAGGGAGGGACUUGGCUUGGUGUUGAAGAAAAGGCUAAAGUUGCCUGCCUACUGAAUAUUUUACAACCAAAGGAGUCUUUUGUUGAAAAUAGUGCAGGAAGAGGAUUUCUAGUUGUUGAUUUCCUCUUAGGAACAAAAUCUGGUCUGGAGUACAUGAAAAAUAUUUUCACAUCUGGAACCCUUUAUAACCCUUUCCAUUUGAUAACUAUAGAACCUAAUAGUGCAACAUAUGAUGCCGCUGUAUAUUCCAGUCAGCAGCAAGUUUGGAAAGUACUGGAGCCGGGAUUCCAUGGUUUUGGCAACUGCCCAGUUGACAAGCCCUUCAAGAAGGUAGUUAAAGGCAAAGAAAACUUUCAAAGUAUUGUUGAGAAGUAUGGAAAAGUGGAUGAUGAAGAAUUGCUCAUUGCUGAACUCUUCUCAAUGAUGCAAGAUCGUGAAGAAAAUUAUCCUGAUGAGCAGCUCAUGGAACAAGGAAAAGGUCUUCCUACUUCUUUUAUAAGAGGACUUUCAAGUAUCUGUGUGUCAUGUGCUUCAGCUAAUUACGGAACCAGAACUACCACCAUUAUACUUGUGGACCAUAAGGAUAGAAUUUUUUUCAAGGAGAGGACAAUGAAGGAGCCGGUUGACAUACAGAAUAUUGAGUGGCAAAUCAGUGAGUACAGCUUUAAAAGAAAAGUAGCUGAAUCAUAACCUUCUUAAUAGUAGUUACAUUUUUGGCUAUGGGUGGUCUCUCUAAAUCCAGCAUCUUUAAAUCCUAAAUUGUAUAACGUUUAUGGAAUGAAGAAAAAUAUAGAAUAUAUUUCUUAUACAUUCUCAUAUUUGUAAUAAAAUCUAAUUAACUAUAAAUUUCAAAAUUACUCACCUAUAUUGAUACUUUCAUGGCUUUGCAAUAAGGAGCACUUUGAUUCUGGUUGGUAUCUACACAUCAUUACCCUCUGUGAAUCAAACUAGGACUCUUAACAGUAUUUGAUGGCAUAUAGGACAUAUUUUUCCCCCAAAAAAAUAAUCAAUGGCUUCUAAAAUCACUCCCAGGUCAUAUAUGCAUAGAAUGGGGUCUCUGAGGCUUACAUUAUCCCCAAUGCUCACUACUGUGGGUUAAUAUUGUGCCAGGUGGUUAGUACUUCCCAGUUUGACCCCAUGAAAUAAUACGUAUUGUUUUCUUGAACAACUUUAUCAUAAUUACUACUAUUGUUCUUAUAAUUAUCAUCAUAACAGUACAGUAUUAUUAGAUUAAUUUUAUACAGGCAUGCCUCGAUUAAGUUACUUAGGAUGUUCCAGAAGGCUGUCCUUUAACUAAGAAAUUUUUUCCAUAAAUACAUGUCAUGGGAAUUGGAUUAAUCUGUUCCAUAUCUCCAAAAAUAUAAUAAAUAAAAGCAUUCCAACUCUAAUUUAAGAGCUGAGCUUGCAGAAAGUGUAUAUAAAAGAACAAAAAUUAAAAUACAUAGAUGAAAUACA